UUUUGUGGUUCAGAAGUGUGGAAACGUACAUACAUGUUUCUAUAACAUGGUGCCCUUUGGUUGGAUGUUUUGCAUUUUUAUCGUAGGCAGUCGCGCGGCGGUAAACAAUGGCUUCAAAAGUCAUCCAACGACGGUGAAGACGUUCGAAAACGACACGGUUUUACUUCCGUGUUACGUCGAGGAUGACGAUAAGGUGCAAACCAUGGUGAGGUGGUGGAGGGACGAUAUCCUUUUGGCCGACAGCAGUGAGCCGCGACAUGUACCACCCGUAAGAGUUAGAAUGUACUUAAACGGGAGCUUGGAGGUUUCCCAUGUGAAACGGAACGAUACCGGGGUAUACGUGUGUCAGGCGUCUCGACCAACUCCCUGGAGAUACGCCACUCAAGUACACGAGAUAGAAGUGAUGUAUCCGCCCACUGUUCGUCCAGUGCCAGAAUCCGGCAAGCUGGAAGUCAACCUAGGGGAGGAAGUGGACAUGGCGUGUGUGGCGAAAGGUGUUCCGGUCCCUAUCGUUUCCUGGAGAAAUAAGGACGGGGAGAUACCACUUUUGUACGACAGAUCUCGUCUGCAAUUUCACGCCGAAAGUCCCGGCGACGCCGGACGAUACACUUGCGUCGCGAACAACGACGUCGGCGAACCCGCCAGCGCGACUAUAGAUCUGUUCAUCAGAUACAAGCCCAGAAUCGAGAUGUCGAAAACCUGGAUGCACGCACCACCUGGGAUUCGAGUGCAGUUGAAUUGCGGGGUGACUGCGUGGCCAGAGGCAACGGUGGAGUGGUAUUUCAAUAACAAGAGCGUGAAGUAUACGUCGGGAAUAGUGAAGCACAACGCCGGGAGCGAUCACAGUUUAGUGAUAAGGAACGUCAGGACGACGGAUUAUGGUUUCUACCUCUGCAGGGCUUCUAAUUCCUUGGGAAUCACCGAGGCGGCGGUUGAAUUAUCGGGUGUUGCGAACCCCGCCACCAUUAAAAAGACCUCGCACAGCCUCUCAAAGACCUCGUACAAUUUCGUUUGGGAAGUCUACAGUUACAGUUCCAUCGUCCAAUACGAAUUCCGAUUUCGUAAAUACAGGAACGGUGUUCCUGGCGAAUGGCAUACGUUGUAUAUACCAAGCGGCCACGAUGGCAAUAGCUUCAUUCACACGUAUUCCUUUAAUCUGACGGGAUUGGAAGAAGCGACCCACUACGAGGCCAUCGUUUUGUCGAAAAACCGUUACGGAUGGAGCAAACCGUCGGAAAUAAUACGGUUCGCGACGGAAGGCGCUCCCGACAAAGAUAACUAUAUGACGAACGCGAUACAGGAAGAUAAACUCGUACCAGUGGUACUCGCAUCGUUAGCAAAAGACUAUUCGUUUGGGCCUGGCAUAAGCGGAUCGUCUGUCAGUCAAGGAGGGGUAAUAGCAUUGAUACCUGUAUUAUAUAUUUGUAGCGUGAACAGUGAGGUUUUAAAAAACUUGUAUAAAAUAUUAUCGUCAUUGCGUGUAACAAAUUGAGCUCUUUGAUGGAGUAGUCGGCUAUACGAUAACAGGAGAGGAAAGUAGCUCGUGUAGCAUAUCAAGGUAAAAUUGUAUAGCUCGAAGUUGGUACACUUUAAGAUUGUAAAUAAAUUGGAACCUAUGCAUUUUUCACUAAACGAAUA